GAUAGCGUGGUAUAUUUCCCGAUAACGCAGUUUCAAUUUCUUAGGUCAACAGGGAGUUUCCAAUGGCACUGGCCUUCUCAUCGUCGUCCUCUUCCUUCUUGGCCCCUCCUCCCAAAAGAAUAAGCUUCUGCUUCUCGAAAACAAACACAUCCUCUAUGAAAUCUCCCUCCUCCCUCACAAUCACGAGCUUCUCUUCGUCUUCGUCGCUACCGCCGAUGAGGAUAGUCCGCUGUCCGGCGCUUGACCGCUGCGCAGCGAAGCACAGCCAUCUCCGAUUCGUCCGAAAGUUGAAGACUUUGCUCCUCUCCAAACCAAAAUGCUUCCUUCCUCUCCGCGUCCUCUCACGCUGCCGCACCUACCUUAACCCUCCUCCCAACCGUUCUCUUCUCUCCAUGAUCCAGCGGUACCCUGCACUCUUCACCCUCUUCCAUGCACCCUCCCACACCUCCCCCUCCCUCUCGGUCCUCGCCGUCACCCUCACUCCCGCCGCUGCUGCUCUCGCGGCAGAAGAAUCCUGCCUUCGCGCUUGCGUCACGGAUGCACUCGCUGGCAAGCUCCAACGGCUCCUCAUGCUCACCCCUCAUCGCCGUCUCCUCCUCUCCAAGCUCGCCCACCUAGCUCCUGAUCUUGGCCUAGCCCCCGAUUUCGGCUCCCGCCUCUGCAACGCCCACCUAUCCCGCUUCCGCAUUGUCGACACUUCCUACGGUCGCGCACUCGAGCUUGUCUCUUGGGACCACUCUCUCGCUGAGCCACGAAUCGGCCUCACGAGCAAUGUCGACCCCCUUCGCCAGCCGAUUAUCAACCGAGUGCCAAGGUUUCCGCAGUUGAAGUUGCGGCGAGGGCUCAACCUCCGGCGACGCCAUCGUGAGUACCUGAUUCGGUUCCAAUCCCUGCCAGAGGUGAAUCCGUACGGUUGCUUGAAAGCUGACACGGCUGAGUUCGAGGAGAAGAGGGCGUGCGCAGUCGUAAGGGAGGUUUUGGGGAUGACGACAGAAAGGAGGACGCUAGUGGAUCACCUUACGCACUUCAGGAAGGAUUUUGGGCUGCCGAAUCGACUUAGGGCGAUGCUGAUUAGACAUCCAGAGUUGUUCUAUGUUAGUGUGAAAGGGAAUCGUGACUCCGUGUUUCUUCUGGAGGCUUAUGAUGAGAAGGGGAGGUUGGAAGUGGAGGACGAACUCGGAUCGGUGAAGGCCAAGCUCGAAGAAUUAGUGAGAGAAGGGAAGAGGAUGAGAAGAGAAAGGAGGAGAGGUGUUGGGUUUGAAGCGUACGGUGAUGAAGAGGAAGAGGAAGAGGAAGAGAAAGAGGAAGAUGAUGAUGGGUUGGAAGAUUUGUUUGAAGCUGGAAUUGGAGAAGAUUGGGAGGAGUUGGAGGAAGAACGGGUUAUUGAUAGUGAAGAGGCGAUGGAGAUGGAUGAGCUUUGGGUUACGAGAACGAUUUAUUUGAAGAGGGACGGCGAGGUUGGCGGCAAACUGGAAGCUUGGUGAAUUGAGGGCUUGCCCCGAAGGUGCUCGUGAAUUUGCUCCUGCCAACAGUAAAGAUGAUGUGGUCCGGAUUUGCCAUUCAAUGGCCUUAGUCAUGUCUCUUGAUCAAAAUAUAUAAUUCUACAAAUAGUUAAGUUUUACUCAAAUCUAAUUUAUAUUAAAGUAGUUUGGAUCGAAUCGAGUCUCUUUAAAGUACAGUUUUAUUCAAAUAUAUGUAAUGUGAUUGUAUUAUAUUAAUGCAUAUUUGCAUUUUGAAUCA